UCUGGCUCAUCCCCUAGUGGUCAUUUUGUCUUCAGUGCCUUGGACGGCACGGCGAGCCGUAAGUAUCUUUUUUCUGUGUGUUUUGUAUUUUGAAGUUAAGUAAUGUAAUGUCACUGGGCAAGCUUAUUUUAAAGCGAGUUUUUAAUGAAAGAUCUAAUGAAGGAGAAAAUGUCUCAAUCCCGGUUUUAUAUCUUGCAAAAAUCUUUUCAAAUCUGGGCUAUAUUCAACACAGUUAUUGUAACUUAUGUGCGAUUUGUCACAUAGACUUAACUCAGAAUGUAAUCGUGUUGUUUAUUACAUCACAGAAAACGCUGUUGGAGCUCAUGUGGAUAUCCCGCCAGCACAAGAUCACCUCAAACUUUCAUUCAUUCAUUUUCUACCGCUUAUCCGAACUUCUCGGGUCACGUGGAGCCUGUCCCAGGCGUCUCAAUCUUCAUCGUUUAAAGUUGGUUAUGAGUUCAAACGCAUUACCAAUGUGGAUCUCCUUGAUACAUUCAAAUCAUCGUUACACCAACAUACACCACAACUUCUGAAGUUGUACAGAGCAAGACAGGGGUCUUUUGGAAAAGAGAUGGAAGAUCUUCUUAACAGGCUUGAUCAACAGACCUCAAAUAUUGUGAAUCAUCGAAACCAUGCAGUUCUGGAAGGUUUUCCAUUGUUUCUCCGUGAAGAUCCUUCUGCACUUUUCCGAAAAUGUCUGUGUUUCAUUAAUUCUUCUGCAGAUAUAAAGUCUGACAACGUACUGGCACAUACCCUUAGACAGAAGACGUCUUUUCAACGUGUUUGUGACUCAUUGGGAAACACUGUCUCCUCGCAUCAAGAAGGACACAUCUCCAGCAGACAGACAGACCAGAGGGAUAAAAAUGGCAUUGCCGAUCUUUUCAAACUUUGCUGUUGUUUUGGAGGAGGCAAGUGUUCUGAAGGACAUUUCAGACCUUCCAUCUGCUGUGUCAUACCUGUUUGGCCUUGUCUUUGCCUUGGAUUUUGAAUACCCCAAAGAACUCAAAUAUACUUUUGAGGUGAUUGAGAAGGUGUUUCUGGAAAUGGGCACUCACUGCUCUGCGAGAGUAUAGUCCUUUAAAACAAAACUCUUGCUGUGAAAGUUAAAAUCGUGUCAGAGUCUUUGAAAAUCUUUGAAGUUGAUCUUAAUGUUAAAAUGUGAAAGAUUGUUGCUCUGUGAAUUUGUCAAUAUGCUUGAUGUUUUAAGACUGUUUAAUGUCAUAAUUAUUUUAGUUUUUUGCUGUUAUGCUUUUGCACGUUAUGUGCACGUUUUUUGCUCUGCAAGGGUACUAUUGCUGAGAAUUGUUAAAGACAUGUUAAAAGGUUAAAGGUGAUGCAUUUAUCUUUAUUUUUAUGUUUUUAAUUAUUAUUGAUUUUGCCAUUU